GGUGCAAGAGACAGAUGAGUGUUCUCACCGGAGCAUCUAUACCAAUCUAGCUGGCUUCAGACACAAUGCACCCCAUCGUCUUGUUUCUCGCGUUGCAACCAACCAGCCCUCGCUCGCUGGCCGCCCACACAGCACAUGAAGCCCGCGCCGUCUCCGUAGCUGUGUGACGCAACAACAAUCUGCGACAGACAGCCGGUGGCCGCAAGCAGUAUGAUCCUCGGGGGGCGACGGAGGGAUGCCGAGCUGUCUGACGGCCGACCCAGUGUUUCAGAUGCCCCCGGCCACAAGACGAAUCGAGAUGCCGUUGUAAUGCAGGCGACGCAUCGACGGCUUGUCCGUGUCUAUUGUCUGAUGGAAAACGAGGCACUGCACAUGCACGCAAAUGCGUCGCUGGGUCAUGCGCAACGCGCGAGUUUCAGGUACGGGAUGCCAACCAGCUCGCCUAGACUAGCGUUUCUAAUGGUAUUCGUAUCCGCUGCUCUCGUCCUCAUCCACCAAUGUGCCAAGGUCACGCUGCGAGAUAAGCUGUGGACCACCGCUGGCCCCUUUGCAAUAAGUGUACAGACCCAAGAGGGAAAGAGAGUAGGGCUAGUCGUCAUGACUGCUACUUGUCAGUCCAUCACCAAGACGCCCGUCGUCAUCACCAUCAUCAUCAUCAUCAUCAUCGCCACCGCAAUCAUGGACCCCCCCCCAACCGACUACAUGCUCGUAUUAAUGCCGCUGUGCUGCUCCCUCGCGUUUGACCGCACAGUCAGCCGCAAGCGAGUCCAUGACAUACCGGCUCAAACCUUAAGAUACAAGCCCAUCAGCCCAGCAUACCCACCCCCCUCGCUUCUGCGUACAUACACUACAUACAUAGAGUUUGCCACCCACCACGCCCAUCACAGUCAAAGCAUACAUGCAUAUGUAGGGAAAAGAUAACAGUCCAUUCAGAUAGGUAGUCUACCAACUCUACAGUGUAAGUAGUCGUGACUUACUUCAACGCCAACGCUAUGCAAUGUCAAAAAGUCCGCGCCACAACACGCCACAACAUACCACCACA